AUGGCCGCUCUCAAGUACGGCAUUGCAGGCCUACUGCUCCAGGCUGCAUUGGGCAGAGCAGCAACAUGCCCUCCUGCAGUACAAAUUGACAAGCAACCACAGGUCUUUAUCAUGUCUGAUAUAUCCAAUGAACCCGAUGACGCUAUGUCGUUCAUAAGACUCCUUCUUCACGCUGGUGGGUGUAUUAAUGGCCCGAAGGGUACACCAGACUUGUCGGAGCACCUGCUUACCUUGUUCUUCUCGAUUUACAGAUCAGUACAAUAUCACGGGAAUGGUACGAGAAGCACGGAGACAAGCUUGCUGACCCAUAAGACACAAUAGCUGAUCUCCUACCUCUUCUUGGCAGGUGGCUGUCACAUCCUACUGGCUGAACUCUUCCGUUGUACCCGAACAGAUUCGAAACACGACAGACGCUUACGGCCUGGUUGUGGAUACUCUCAACAAGCAUACAUCAGGAAUAUUCCCGACGGCAGAGUACCUAUCCUCGAUCAUCAAGAGCGGCCAGCCGGUCUACGGAACUGCAGCCAUUGGCAAGUCGCCGGUGUCUUCUGGCGCCUCGCAUCUGAUCGACGUCGUCGAUGGCCUGGUCGACGAUGACCUCCUCCACGUUCAGGCAUGGGGUGGUGUCAAUACGCUUGGUGAAGCUCUCUUCCACGUUCGAGCCACGCGAGUACCAUACGAACUCGAUAGAUUCGUCAGCAAGCUUCGCGUCUACACCAUCUCCGAUCAAGACAAUGUCGGUCCAUGGAUCAGGCUGAAAUUUCCGACGAUCCCAUACAUAGUAUCUUUACACGGCUUCAAUCUAUACAACCACGCCACCUGGAUCGGCAUGUCUGGUGAUGCAUAUUACAACAACGACGUCGGAGGCCCUGAUCCCUCGCUCGUGAACCAAGCUUACGCAUCGAAACACUUCCAGAUUGGGCCUCUCGGAAGUCAUUAUCCAGACAUUGCAUAUACUAUGGAAGGCGAUAGUCCGUCGCUCAUGCACACAAUGCAGAACGGACUCAACGGUGGACCAUUCGAUCACCCUGAAUGGGGUGGGUGGGGAGGUCGCUACACUCUUCUCGAUCUGACGCGCCAGACCAUGGUUUUCACCGACGCAGUAGACGCCGUCACCGGAAUCGACAACAGAACACACACCACCAAUCAAGCAACGAUCUGGCGCUGGAGACAAGCAUACCAGGACGAGAUGUCUGCUCGCGUUCAAUGGAGUAUACAGUCGAACUACAGCGGAGGAAGCCACCCUCCUGUCGUCUCCGUGAAUGGCUGUUGUGGAAGCGCCCCGUACAUCAUGGAAGUGGAUCCCGAGCAGAUCAUCAUCCUCGACGGCUCAGAAACCUACGAUCCAGAUGCAAACCUGACCGACCGCAAUGCGUUGAAAUAUACAUGGUUUCAGUACAGCGAAAUCUCAGCAACCCAAUCAAACAUCUUGUCCGAAGUGCCGCAGCUAAAUUUCACUCUUUCGAGCAACGGCAGCGUCGCUUCUCUCCAAUUACCGGCAGCAGAAUUGGCCUGUAAAGCGCCGGAGGCUCUACAGAAUGCCGGUGCGGGUAUACAGGAAGAAUGCCAGAAGUACCAUGUGAUCUUCGAAGUCAUGGGGAGCGGGACGCCGCCUAUUCGACGGUAUAAGCGUGUUGUAUUGGAGGUUCAGCCGCCUCGGACGAGUACGAGCAGUAGCAAGAGAGGAAGAGAUGAACUGUGA